AUGCAUGGAGUACGGGAAAAGGUGUCGCGCGAGAAUUACCUCCAAGAACAAUAUCCUCAAGGGAGAGACGUCGGCGACGUGAGGUACACGGUGACGCAGCGUGGGGCGCCCUGCCUCGUUAUCGACGGGUUCAGCUACGUGGCUCGGAAGCGAAGGGGUCCCCGGGUGUACUGGAGCUGCAGGUGUCGCAGACAGUACGGCUGCCAGGCCCGAGCCCUAACCAAUGACGGUCAGCUCACGAUGAGCCAUUGCAUCCACAACCACCCUCUCCAACCGGCCGCGGAAUUCUCCCGCAUUGAAAGCCUCAUAGAAGUCAUCGCCGCGGACAAUGCCGACAAAACGGUGUAA